UGUCUGCAUUGUCUAUUGUGAAUGCGAAAAACCGACCCGACAACGCGGACUGAGCUGUUGGAGUAUUUUAAUUAAUAAAACCAUACAUUAAGCCCGAAAAUCCGAUUAAAAUAUUACAUACAUAAACAAUGGAAGAAUAUGCCAGAGAACCCUGCCCUUUCCGGAUAGUCGACGAUUGUGGCGGUGCAUUUGCCAUGGGUUGCAUAGGUGGUGGUGUAUUUCAAGCGAUAAAGGGUUUCCGCAAUGCUCCUUCUGGCAUGAGUCGCAGAAUGUUGGGAAGUUUAUCCGCCAUUAAGACCAGAUCACCAGUAAUUGCUGGCAAUUUCGCUGUGUGGGGUGGUAUGUUUAGCACAAUCGAUUGUACACUGGUACAUUUUCGCAAGAAAGAGGAUCCCUGGAAUUCAAUUAUAAGUGGAUUUGCUACUGGAGGUAUAUUAGCAGCAAGAAAUGGAGUCCCCGCCAUGGCAGGCAGCGCAAUAAUUGGCGGUGUCCUAUUGGCAUUGAUUGAAGGUGUAGGUAUUCUAUUCACGAGACUUUCGUCCGAACAAUUCCGUAAUCCCCUACCUCCGACUGAAGAUCCCAGCGUGCUAGGCGCUGCCGGGUUUGGUCAAGCACAGCCUAAUCAGGGGCAGUAUCAAUAAGCUUAGCAUUCAAAAAUAUCCCUAAUUAAAUUAACCGUACGUGUAUUUAUAAUGAAAAAACUGUUCACCAAAUUAACCUAACAUAAUUAGCAUAAGAAUGUUAAGGAUGUAGAAAUAUAAUACAAAUUAAAAUAUUGACAUUAA